AGCUUCCCUGGCGCCCUGGAGCCCUGUUACUACGAUUCUUUUGGUGCUUUGCUGCUUUGCGACGCUGAUUCCUAUGACAUGACAGAGCAGAGCCCACCAUGAUCCAUUUCCAUUUCCCGAGCUUCAAUAGUCUUUCCUGCUGAUGAGUGAUGCACCUUCAAUCUUCUCCCCAGUCUUCUUUUCUUUGUCAGAGCUGGACUGCAUCUUUCAGUCUUUUCAGUCUUCCAGACACAGUCUGUAUCUCAUCCUUUGGUCUUUGCUCUUGAUCCCCCUCCCACUCUGCAUGUCGAAUUGAACGCAGUCCUUUGUGUUUUGCGUGCGUACAGUACACACACGUGUGUCUUUGUCGUCACCAACCAGACGACGCUGCUCUAGUGAGCUCAAUCCUCGGCCCAACCAGAUCAUGUCGGCCACCAUCUCCCCCGGCAUUCCCAGUUCCCAGACCAACAGCAACCAACAUCCAGACAAGCUUGAACAUAGAGCUGCAUCUGCUGCUCUAUUCAACUCUAGAGACUCGUCGCGCCCCAGUACUUCCUCAGUACUCGACGAGGACGGCCGCUUAUCAUCCGCCAGUAUGCGAACCCCGCUCUUGCUCCGUUACCAUCAUCCCAGCACCAUCAUCUCUGCUCCUCCUCCCCAUCCACCCCGUCAACCCCGUCAUCCCCGUCAUCAAACCCCACUAAUAAUCCUACCACUUCCUUCAAAACUAACUCCUUCACAGGCGCUGCGCUUUCCUUAAAAUACGCUCGAGCUCAAGACCUUCCUUCCUUCCCCUCCGCUGGUGGUGUCAAGUUAGCUUCAGCCAGUGCUGCCGCCAGUCUAGCAGAUUCAAACAAAAAAGCCUUUGAACAUUGGAAACCCGCCUCCAUUCCCGCCGCUAAUCGAGCUGCCUACGCCGCAAAAGACUACGAGAUGCAACCUCUGUGGCAACCAGAGUCGACCCGCGCUGGUUCUCAGGCGGCAGCAGUCGCUCACAAAGAUACUGCGCCAGUUGAAGUGUGGAAAGCCCCAGACUCAGUACACGGUCACACAGCCGCCUCGUCUGCUCUUCAGAAUCAAAAAUCCCCUCCUGCCAUCACCGAGAGAAAUGUAUCCUCUGACGGCCGACAAAAGGCUCUUCUUGCCGCCACAAAAUCAAUGUCUGGAGGUCGAAAGCGAGCCGAGUCUGCUCCUCUACGACCUUCGCCCCAGUCCGCCUCUUCCAGCAACUCUAGUUGGGCCUUGAAAGCCGCUGAAUCUUCCCAGAAAGGAAAACCUCCAGGCUCGCACGCUUCUACCACUGCCUCGUUUGACCCCGCGCGCAUCCAGAACAUGGCCAAGAGCAAUGUCAACCGCCAGAUGUAUACCUCAAAUCCUCCUGUUUCCAUCGAAGUCGAGGAGAGAAGAAGGCAGGACACUCUCCGUGCCUCCGCUGUGGCCAUGGCUCGUAAGAUGUACGCUAUUCAGCAAGAGCAGAUUGAUGAUGCCAGAGGUAUUCAUCGAUCGGAAAGUCACUUUGCCGCCCACACCGCCCGUCGUCGAGCCCAGUCUGAUGCUGCAAACAAGGCUUCAGUUGAACAACCAUUACCUCGUUAUGAAAACCUCGAGGAUGCUGCCCGCAAACUUGCUCACGAACGCCUGGCCAAAAUCCAUGACGAACAUGCGGAAUACCGACAAUAUUACGGCACCAACUCCCCACCCAAACCCUCUCGCUUUACUUCCAUGCGCCGGCCCACCCGCAGACAAACCCGUGACGACGACAGUGACUCGGAUGAAGAGCAGUCCCGCAAGAUCAUGCAGCAGAUGUCUCUGUUCCAGAGCAAGCUUGCCGAGGUCGACAGCAAAAAGCGUCAGGCCGAUCGCGAUGCCCUUCUUGCAGCUGCCCACAAGAACGUCACUGCUCGCUUGAACGCUAUGGACGAAAAAGUCUUUUCCGAAACCGGCAAGACCAGUCCCCACCAGCGCGAAAUAUGGGAGCGCCAGGCUCGCGAGCGCGCUCAACGUGACAGCGACAAUAGAUUGAUCAACGUCGGCAAGGUCCAUAUUGGAGGUGGCAAGUACCUCGACCAGUCCGAGAUUGAUGAAAUCGCCAAAGCACGACUGCAACCCACGCUUGAUGACAUCACAGAAAAGGCCGAGGCCCAAAGAGCCCGCGAUGAGGAGAUCCGACAGGAACAGGAGCGCGUCAAGGCCGAGGCUCAGGCUGAAAAGGUCCGACUUGCUUUGGAGAAGGCUGAGCAAAAGACCGUCGCUGACAAGGAAAAGGCCGAACUCAAGGCCCAGAAGGCCGAGGAGAAACGGAUCAAACAAGAGCAGGAGCACGAAGAGAGACGACUUCGUACCGAACAAAAGGCCACAGAAAAGAAAGCACGCGAUGAAGCUGCUGCCGCCGAACGCGAACGUAAACGGGCAGACAAGGAGGACAACAAAGAAGCCACUCCUACAAAGUCAAGGCUCUUCUCAACCUUCCUUGGUCGAGGCACCGCUACUGGCGCCGCUGGAGGUGCUGCUGCUGCCGUUGGUGGACAUACGUUGGGAGGACACAGCCCUGGCCACAACGAUCCCUUUACGGAUGCAACGGAGCCCACCGAGGCCAAAGUGACCUCUGAUAAUGCAAGUGAUUUAGCUGGUGAUACCGUACAUGACCAGGUCACCAUGGAUCCCUCCGAAGCUGCCCACGCCGUUGCUGCGAACGAACUAAGUGAAGACGAAGCGGACUCGAGUCGAAAGCAACAACCAGAGAAGCCAACCGACGACUAUGAUGCUGCCCAAACAGAUGGUCUCACUUCACCAGUUGUUGGCCUCCCCACGACCGACCGCGAGGAGCCCACUUCGCCCACAUCUCCCGCCUCCCCUUCCAAGAGAGAUUCGAGGGUGAAAUCGUGGUUCAAGAAAUUCAAAACUGGCAGCAAAAAUGAAAACGACAUUGGUGAGAAACCUGUCCUAUCUGCCGAGACAGAGAACACCCCAGGCAGCACGGCUCCCCUAGAGGAUGAUGAACCGGCAAAACCAUCAUCGGCGUCUGAACGCGAUGUUGCACUCGCUGGGCGAAGUGACAACGAGACUGACGAUCUUUACGGUGCCGGAGACAAGUCCAAAAACGCUCCAGGUCAGCACAGCAGGUCUAUCAGUCCCGUGUCGUCGUCUAUCAGCGAAGAUCCCUACGUCAUUGCCGCUGACGUUGCGUCGUCCAAGUACUCGGCAGACGCACCAGGCUCGAAGAGAGCCUCUGGGGCCGACCAAAUUGCCGCACUAUCUGAUUCUGACGACGAGCCUCGCGGGAGAAAGGGUUUCCGAGAGAGGUUUUUAAAAAAGGUGAUUCCUGGGCGAGACAAAGAUAAGCCAAAGGGCGCAGCCACGGCGGAAGCAGCACCGACAACUGCAGCUGUCGCUUCCAUCAAUGAGCAGUCAGUCGUUGAGCACCCAUCCCCACUCAGCAAACAAGUUGGUGCUUCAUCUCCAGAGCCCGCCAUCGAUGACGCUUCCGAAGUCGGUCACCACGCGAACCCGGAGGCGGGCAUUCUCGUCGCCACCGAACCUUUACGCGAAAAGAUUCAGGAGCCAUCCACCACCUCGACCGAGGCGGGGAACACCACUGCCACUGGCGCAACGACGCCUGCACUCACUCACACCGCCACCAAUAAUGACGAUGACGACUUUGAAGAGGCCCGGGACACAUUUGAUGAGGAGUCGCUUGUCCGACCUCCGACCAAACUCGUUGACGUGUCAAACAAGGCUCAAUCCAUGAAACCGGAAUUGGUGGACGUGACAAAUCCGAGUGGGGGAACCACAGCUUUAGCCAAGAACCGAUCAUCAAGUCCUGUGGGCAGUAAACAUUCAGGCAGCGGGGCUGGGAGCCGGUUUACUGAGGACCUAUAAGGGCACGAAUUGCGUUGGAUUGUGACAUGACUUUGUUGGAUAUGAUGAGUCUGAAUAUGGAGAUGAAGGUUUAAAGGAAUCAGAGAAUAUGAUGGGUCAUCCAAGGAUUGAUGGACAUGUAGGGAUCUGAUAUGAGGAGGUGAAAGUCCAGUCGAAGACGAGUGAGACACCAGGCGACUCACCAUCACUGUCAUAAAGGCACUGAAGUAUGAUGCAAUUGAGUGACGCCGCCAGUCAGCACACGCAUGGGGAUAAUGAUUAUGUCGGCGGUAUACCUGGUAUCUAACCUUGUACGUUGGGAUCUUGUGCAAUUUGGAAAUGGGACGCGGGUAGGAUGAUCAAACACCAGUCUUGUCGUCAUGUUGUUAUUGUUGUCUUUCAGCGAUAUAGUUACCCAGUUGUGUUAGGACAGGACAUAUAGGAUGAUUUCAUCGUUAUGGAAUGGAAAACACUAGCAGGCCAUACAGGCAGGGAAAUACCAAUACUUGUACAUAGCCACACAUGCAUCAUGGCUCUCUCCA